AUGCGCGCCUUUGCGGGCGGCUACUACAACAACCUCAAGGCCCUGUACGACUACCUGCGCAUAUCCUACCACUCGCAGCCGUUCCUCUUCGAAUUCGCAGUGAGCCACGAUGCCAAAUCCGAGGCCAUCACACCUGGUCGCCGCGACAGGUCGUACUUCACACACGCAUCCAACCUCCACCAGCUUGCGCCCCGGUCCAGUGGAGUUGGCAUUGUCGUGUACCUGAUGCAAUGCCUAUACCUAGCCUUCUCGUACACGUGGUUUACCUUUUGCUGCGUCUUUAUCGGGCCGAGACAAUCCGAGACGCUGCAGCAGUACCUGGACCGCACAUAUUGCCCGCGCUACUUCACCACCUACUACCUGCUCCCACUCUUGUCGAGCGUGUCUACCUGUCCUCACGAUUCGCUGCUCGCUUUUCCCGCCAGCGACAUCAUCGGAUACAAGCGGAGGACUCAUGGCGCGCCGCACUAUACCGUAUCAGACGGCGUGGGAGGGGUACAGGAACGCCUAGUCAAAGGUAUCGACGUUACCCUCAAUGCUACCGUCACGGCAGUGGAGCCUUUCGAAAAGGGGGUUCGGAUAUCGUGGUGCGGUGUGUCGGACGCGGAGACGACAACCGAGUACUUCGACAAAGUGAUUUUGGCUGUUGCUCCAGACGUCGUGGGUCGCAUCUUCAGACCCCUCCAACAUCAUAUGCAGCGUAUACCAACCGCCGUUGUGGAGAGCGUCGUCCAUACAGACUGGGCAGUGCUGCACGGGAGCGACCUCAACAAGAACGACAGGAAAGGCGCCCAGCUUAUUCAUCUCAACACAUCCACCGCCGAUACACCCAUGACCGAGUCGCAUCAUCUCCAGCCCUGUGGUGUCGUGGUGACAACCUGCCCUUUCACACCUCUCGAGCAGCAGCACGUAGCUCAACAGAGCAAGUUCACGCGCGUUCUCCGCAGCCCAGAAAGCCAGCGCAUCGUCAAUGCCAUCUUCGACAACGGUUCGAAUUUCAGUGCGGAUGACAAAUCAGUGCCGCGUUGGAGGAACGGCGAGGAUAACGUAUGGCUGGUGGGCGGCUGGUGUUGGGAUGGUAUGGUUCUCCUAGAGGGCUGUGUUAUAUCAGCCAUGCGGGUUGCCGAUGCGCUCCAUGUCAAGGUGCCGUGGAGGCAUCAGUGA